CAAGAGACAUAUUUCUAAUGGCCAGCUUAUGUGCAUUGCUGUUAUGUGAAUGCAUGACCUUCAUCUUAAUUCAGCAUUAUCGACCUGAGUUGCGAUUGGCCGUCUCUUAUGCUACAUUGAGAUCGGGAAAAGAUGACUGUUACCUGAAGCAGAAGAGGAACUUGGUUCAAGCAAGGAACCUGCAAUUCUAUCAGUUGAGGAUUGAUUGUCCUUCCUUUGUUUUUGGGGCUGCCACGUGCAGAACAUUUGCAAAUGCAUGUCGUUUAGAGGAUUUCAGUCAUAAUGGGAUGCAUAAGACCAUUAGGACUUCUCAAGAAGUCUAUAUUCAUCCAUCAUGCGCUAUUCAGAAGUGAAAGAUAGAGUAGCGACCUUGCAUGCAAUCUGCAAUGCCAACAAAUGAACAUUCGGAGGAAGUUGGUGAAUGUGAAAAUCCUGUGCUUUGUAAGAAACCGUAUUCAUUCUUUUCAGGAAGAUGGUGAAUAACCUUUGUGAAAGGAUUGAACCAAAAAAUACGGUAUAGGUCUUUGCACAUGAGUAACCAUCCAUCCUUACAGAAAAGGAUUGAACUGUCCGACAACAAGUCAGGAAUUGGAUCUUUCAUAAAAUAUGUUUCGGACCUCUUCAUGUCGAUGAGGUUGAUAGUUCCAUGUGUGAAGAACAUGAAGCAUGGAUAGAAAAUUUGACUGCUUUGUAAACCAAUGCCUUUGAUGGUCCAAUAUAGUGUAGAAGUAAAGGACAAAAGCUUCUUGCAAACACGGCGAAAGCAUAUAUAUUCAAACAGAAAAAGGCGCUCCCAAACAAGUGUCAACACUUCCAAAGGCAAAUCGAUAAAUAUGUUCUCUGUCUCUUCUACUUCUGCUAUGAGCUCGACGACCACAUUUUCUUUUGCAUAAUCGUUAUUAAGAUCAUCCUGCUCCUCUUGCUCAACUCCAUUAGCCAACCUGAAAUCUUGUGGCAUCAUCCAAAACGGCAUGUAGUUUUGCUUUGUUGCAUCAUAGCAAUGCGCAGAAAUCGACAUACAUUGUUUUUCCUGGUUAUAGCAAAACACAUUACUCUCAUCAUCUUCAUCAUGAAAGAAGUAAAUCCAACCUGCUUCAUUGCAUAUCGACAGUUGGUCUGUUAUUGGUUUUUGUUUGUUUGUUUAUUUCUUGAGUCCGGUUGCCCCACAAUUGUUGUGCAGAAGUUGUAGUCAAGGCUGCCAAAAACAGUAGGACUGGAGAUAAUGCUUUGGCUUUUGAAUUUUUAUAAUUAAUUACCUGCUUGAGAAAAUGAAUAUGAAUUUUUACUCUUUAAUUGCAAUUUAUUCCCUUCUUAGUUUUAUAAUAUUAUUAGAUUGUUUGUGUUUUUAGCAUUUUAAUUUUGUUUACUUGUUUGAGUGUGCAUGAUGUUUCCUUUUAAACGGAUUUUAUUGGUUAAAUAAAUCGAAUCUAUGAUAGGUAAUGCACGUACUCUCGGAAAGUCAUGUACCUAAUUAAGGUAUGUAAUUUUCAUCCCAUGCUUCUUAUUGUUAUAGCAUUUGUUUGUUGAUGUUUAUGUAAGUGAAAAGUGUUACUGUCCAUCAAGGAAAUCCAUAUGGCAAGAGGUGUUAUCAUGAUGAUCUCUGCCCAUUCCAGCCAGCAGAUUUACCCAUUGGUGUGAUUGUAACCUGGGAUUAAGAGGCUCAAAUGUGUUGAGUUGAUUAUGGCAAUGGCCUGGUUCAAAAAAAAUAAAAAAUACUCUGUACUUUUUUGAUGUUUUGUUUCUUUAGUUUUUAAUCCUAAAGAUAUUCUGUAAUCUCUAUAUGUUGUUUCUUUUUAAGAUUUUCGAUACUCUAUUGUGAAUAAAAAUUUCCUGCAGGAAAUUCCUCUAGACCGUGUGGUGGCAGAUAGUAUUUAUUUUGAAACUGGUUAAUUAACAAGGGCAGUUCUUGGUUAAUUAAUUCGUUCAGUCCAAUAAAACUUAUUUAUUUUCAA